AUGUUGGUGAUCUCAGAAUCUAUAUUAAGCUUUGUCAACGGCGCCUCUUGGAGCGACAUUUACGGCUCCAAGCCCAAACAUGGCGGAGCCAGGAGGAUGGAAAAGGAGCCCUUUUUCUACCUUGGAGCUAUGGCACCAAACGGCGAGAAGAACUUGGGCGCUAGCUCAGACGAUGACCACACUCGUAUUCGUGGAGUGCUUUCGCAUGCCUUCUCAGACAAGGCACUAAACUCCCAGGAGAAUGUGUUGAGAGAUCACGUUACUCAUAUGGUGCAUCGGAUUCAGCAGCUAGGCGGAGCGCCGACGGACGCGGUGCGUUGGCUGCACCACUGCACAUACGACAUUAUCACAAACCUCUCGCUGGGAACCAGCGCUGGUGCCCUUGAUCACGAUGCAUGGGACCCCUCGGCGCACCUCGUGUUCGAGAGUGUCAAGGAAGGCAUUGCCGCCAUCGAGGUCUUGCGCUUCUUGCCGUUCCGGUCGCUGUUAGUUCGUCUGUUGAUGCAGAUAUUCGGAACUUCGCGCCGCCAGGCCUUUGAUACCGCAGUCGACAAGGCAGGGAUGCGUAUGGCAACGGGAAACUAUGAACGAGCCGAUUUCAUGUCCUACAUACUGCGGGCAAACGAGACGUCCAAGGAACUGACGGCAGCUGAAAUGACGGCGAAUGUUGCACUACUUCUUGACGUUGGGUCGGAGACUACGGCGUCAUUGCUCUCGGGCUGCUUGUUCUACGUUACUAGGGACUCAACUAUCUUGAACCGACUGACUAGUGAAAUUCGCAACGAGUUCGAAACGGCGGAACAGAUAACAUUGAAGAGGCUAACUGCAUUGCCAUAUCUCCAUGCUGUGCUUCAGGAGGCACUGCGGCUGUAUCCGCCAGUUGCAGGAGCCACUCCUCGCUUGACGCCCGCAUCUGGAGCCAUAAUUGAUGGUCAUGUUAUUCCUGGUAAAAUUAUUGUUGCUAUCAACCAGUACGCUGCGUACAGAAUCGACGCCAACUUCACGGAUCCUCUGCAGUUUGAGCCUGGGCGAUGGUUAGGCGAAGGCGACUUCUCUCGGGAUAAGCGCGAGGUCUUCCAACCGUUUAGUCUGGGACCCAGGGACUGCCUUGGUAGGAAUCUCGCCUGGGCUGAAAUGAGACUCAUUAUAGGGAAUCUUUUAUGGGCUUUCGAUCUGGAAUUGACAGCGAAAUCUGAAAAUUGGGACAACCAGAAAACUUGGUUCAUAUGGGACAAACCGGAUUUAUUGAUCCGGUUCCAGCCACGUGGGCUUGUUGCUUGA